AUAAAAGAAAUAAUAGAAUGGGAAAUUCGCGGUGAAGAAUCCCAUUACGUAUUACGUGAAGUUGAAGUUUGAAUAGUAGAAAAGGAAAAGCAUUUGACGGUGAAAAUAUAACCAAUAUCACCUAAACUCUAAAGAAGAAGAAGGAAAAUAAGUUACUGUUUCCCUUUCUUCUCUGCAACCAUUACCAUUACCAUUACCAAACCUGAGUGAGUGAUUUAGGUGUUUAAUGUUGUCAGCUUCACAAUCUCUGACACCGUCGUGUCUUUACUUUAUCGCUCACUCAAAUGGACGCCAAUGAAGCCAGAAUCUUGCUCGGCUUCGCACCCAAUUCACGUCCAACUCCCUCCCAGGUUAAAUCAGCUUACAAACAGAAGGUGUGGGAAUCUCACCCUGACUUAUUUCCAUCUCAUGAGAAGCCGUUUGCUGAGUCCAAGUUUAAAUUGAUAUCCGAAGCUUACACAUGUCUAUUGCCCGGUGGGAAAAGAGGAGAAGGUUCUGAUUGUGAAUAUUGGCGAGUUGUGAGAACUGGAGUUCCAAGGGCCAAUGGAGGAAGAAAAAACCAUGCCAUGAUUAAAGUUCCAUUCCUUUUACUUAUUCUGGGAACAGUUGCGCUUGGAGGGUUUAAUGCUUCGAGGGCUUACAAAAGGCAAAAGAAGGAGUACCCUUCACACAAUCCAUUUCUUCCUUGAUGACCUCCUCCGGAGCAGCAAUCAUGCCUGUAACUUGAUAAACUUCAAUUACUACCGGUGGAGAAUAAUAUACAUACUCCUAACAUAUAUCUAAAAAAUUUAAACGGAUAAUUUAAAUCAAUAAAAGUUACAUCACCCAACGAUUGCAAGGGAAUUCAUCCCGAUUCAAUACAAGUUGAUUGUUUAUAUGUUUCAUCAGGACACUGGAUAA